CUGAUAUUAUGUUCUUGUCAGGUGUCAGUGGAGAAACUCUCUCUAUGUUCUCCAGAGAGGGAGAUGAUGUCAGUCUGCCGUGUAACAAUGUGGUUUAUCCAGACUGUUCCUCAACUAUAUGGAUCUAUGACAGAGAUGGAACUGCCAUUGAACUAGUCAGUCUAGGGAAGGUGAUAGAACAACCACAACUGAACAACAUGGCUGACAGACUGAGUUUAGGGUCUGACUGUUCUCUACAUGUUAGUGAUGUCAGAGCUGAGGAUGCUGGAUUCUACACUUGUCGACAAUACCUUCCAGAGACUGGACCACAACAUGGAGAGGAUGCUCAUGUUCUUCUGUCUGUUUUAACUAUCUCCUCUACCCCACCAGUGACAGAUCUGAAGUCUAAUGUAGAUAUGACGUUACGGUGUUCUCUGCUCACCUAUGAGGGACAUGGAAGGUGCAACUCAGGAGUUAGUCUCAGCUGGGUGCCUGAAACAGGUACUAAUGUCCAGGUCACACAGCAUUCUCCCUGUGACAUCACUCUGACUGUGACACUCCUGAGGGAGGACAACAACAGGAAGUGGACGUGCACGCUGACUGAAAAGGGAAACGUGAAGAUCUCCAUUAACUUCACCUCCACAUUCUCAG